AUGUCUUCCCAUCUCAGAAUGCAAUCAACAUUCGAACACCCCAUAGCCACCGGCACUUACCAAAUAUCGUCAACCCUGCCUCAACCAGCAAAGAAGCAAAAGAUGUCUCUCACUCAAUCAUACUACAUUGCCUCCACAGCUCGAACCAAGCUCGGUCACGAAGCUGGAAAGUCCGACCACAACUUGAGACUCCUCGUUGGCCACGCCAACCUCCUCGACACUCUUAUGGUAGAGCUUGCCGAUGCUGAACGAGAGCAAGAAGCUUGGUUCCACAACUCCGUCCAGAAGGCUUCACCCGCACAAGAGCAAUCAAGACAUAUCUCAUGGGCCAYUGAUGAGGAUAUGGAGGACGACGACUCUGAUAUCAGCGACGAUGACUCAGACAUCUACGACGAAGACGAUGAUGCGCUAUUCAACCUCCCACUCCGCAAAAUCCACUCUCCACCAAUCCAGCUCUUCUCCCAAGAGAUUGAUGAAGAGGGCGACUAUACCGACGAGGACGAGGAUCUCGAGGACGAUGAAGAAUACCAGAGCCUCACUCUUCAACGUGUGGCAUCACAACACUCUCCACCAGAACUCCUCCUCGAUAACGAUGAGUCAGAAUCUGACGAUGAUUCCAUGCCAUCGUCACCCGAACUCGCAUCAUUCGACAUCAUGGAGAAGGAUCGACAAGCUAUCAAAACAACGACAACAAAUUUCUACACAAUGGAUGCUGUGAUGCAACAACAAAGGCAACAGCCGAUGAUUGCAGCAUGUUGA